AGAGCAGCCGGUAAAUACUGUACCUUGUUUGUCUACAUGGCAACUCCUCUAUGUCAUUUUUCUUAUACUGAUUAUUAUUUGCUUACAUUCCAUGGCAAGCGUUCCACGCCGUGUGGAUAGACCAAUCGACUUGUUGGUGAUAGACUAGGUAGGCAAUCAAGCACCCCAGUCAAGAUGGUUCAAGUUCCUAGAGACGCGGCCUAUGAAUAAUUACUCCGCUUAACUAAGGAUUUCUUUUUCCUUCCCUUCGCAUUUGAAUCUUUGUCGCGAAGAGCCGAGAAUGCUAAAACGAGGCUUGUAGCCCAUAAGCAUCAGUGGAAACAUGCUCGGCCUUCGGAAAUCUUAAGUUGCCGACCUGACAAAUGCCCAAAACACCAACAAGAACAGAUUGCCGGAUUACAAACCAUAUAUACUACUAAUUUGUAGUAAUAAGGAGAAUUAAGAGGGAAUAAACAUGUAUAUAUAGAGGCAGAGGUCAUUAUAAUUUGCCAUUGCUCCGCCAAAGCUCACAUUUACGUUCUUGACCAAGUAUAACGACCAUACAAUCUAACAAUCCAUUAUCAUUACAGCCAAAAAUAUGCCUACAGUCGAAAUUAGACGUUAUUCAGUGCCAUCUGAUUUGACCGAAAGUCAGUCCUCUAAAGCUGACCUCUUAGGGGCCGCCAUUGCGUUUGCGAAGCAGGCCAAUGGCCCAGCUCAUGUAGCUGUGGGAACUAUCGAAGGCCAAUCUGGCGUACAGCUCAUUGUGGAGUGGAAAAACGACAUUAAAAAUGUUGCCCAAUCGACUUUAUAUAUAACAUUUGAGAGUGAUCUAAAAAAGACGCUCGGGCAAUCAACACUUCUGCUACAGGUCCCAGUCGCAGAAUCCAUCUUUGGCCAUGGUGGUCCGGCAGAGGCGGCAGUGGUCGAGUUUGCGCACAACCAGUUCCCAGUUUCAAGAGCUACACCCGAAUUCAAAGCCAGGGUCAAGAGCGAUUUUCAAAAAUUUGAUGACACCUUCAAGACAACGGCACACGGCGGAGAGAGCUGGGUGGCAGAUUGGCUACCUGGUCAGCGGCCGCAUGAUGCUGUAACCGACGAGCUCACCGAGUCCUUCCUCGUGAUUAGAGGAUAUAACAGCGUGAAAGAGUAUACUGAUUCAAUCAAGGGACAGGGAUUCAAAGAGGGUCUGCCCAUUCUUCUUGCCUGGAAAGGGCAUACUACUUUAUGGCAUUUCCAACGUGAAUUUUCAAUCAGCAACUAGGCAGCUAUGGGUGCUAGGGGAAUGCUCUGUAGGAUUCAUAGCUUUUAGCUUCCAUUUUCUUGUAUUUUGUGGAUUCAACAAUAGAGAC